AUCAUCCUAGCUCCACAAUGGCCAAAUAAUGUUGUCAAUCAAGACAGCUAAUCGUUUGUGUUUUCUUUCAACACGCCUGUCACAUAAGUGGGCGUUUCAUAUCAGUGUCGGUUGUUGAUGGUGGAGGCUUUCUUAGUCGCCCAGCUUUUUCAGCGAUGUUUAUCCCUACUCUUGAGGAAGACAUGCACCAUUUUAAACCGAAUCGACACAGGUUCUACACAACGCGAUGCUGUGGGUGUUGCCAUGUCAGGACGGGAACCAUCAUUCUCGGCACUUGGUACAUGGUGGUGAACCUGUUGAUGGGCAUCCUGCUGACUGUGGCCGUGACCCACCCAGAGAAUGUGCCCACCGUCGACUUGCAGUAUGAGGUCAUCGAGCACUAUUUUAGCCACACAUUCCAAGGAGAGGGGAAUGUCCUUAAGGAGAAUGCCUGUGUGGGAUUUGCCAUCUCUCUGCUGAUGCUCACUAUCAGCGCCAUGAUGGUCUAUGGAGCCAUUACUCAUCGUGACGGCUGGCUUAUCCCGUUCUUUUGCUACCAGCUCUUUGACUUUGCUCUGAGUUGCCUGGUGGCCAUCAGCUCCCUCACCUACCUGCCCAGGAUAAAGGACUACAUGAAGGAGCUGCCAGACUUCCCCUACAAGGACAACCUGCUCUCCAUGGACUCCAGCUGCCUGCUGCUCUUCGUCCUCGUCUUCUUCACCUUUCUCAUCAUCAUGAAGGUCUUUGGGGAAAUAGCUGCUUACCUGAUCAACUGCGUGUGGAAUUGCUACAAGUACAUCAACAACAGGAACGUGCCGGAGAUCGCCGUCUACCCUGCCUUUACGGCGCCUCCCCAGUACAUCCUGCCCACCUACGAGAUGGCAAUGAAGAUGCCAGUGAAAGAGCCCCCUCCCCCCUACAUGCCUGCCUGAAGACCCCCUCGUGUGUGUGUGUGUGUGUGGCCUCCCACAGCUCGCCAUUUUUAACCCAGCAGUGCAUUUCUAGAGAGGGAUAAUCUUUAAAGGCCCAGUGCAGUCAAAAAUGUGAUUUCCCUGUUUUUAUAUACAUUUCUACACUGAGGUUGGAAUAAUACUGUGAAAAUGAUAAGGCCCUUCUAGUUUCAAGUUGUAUUGGUUGUAUGUAUGUGAUACACGGAAUGCUUCCUUACAGGUUCCUUCUCGACAAUGCAACAAUAAUAAGAAACAAUAAAAGAGAAUAAUACUAACAAAGUAUAAAUGGCUCAGUUGAAUAACAUUUUUAGAAUGAUUAUAGUACAGGAAGGCACAAAUUAUAGUCCAAUAUUUGUGUGUUUUGGGGGCAAGUGGUUAAAUGGUGUAAUAUUUGGCCCUUUUAGUGUAAGAGCUGUUUGAAAAGCGUGCCUGUUUUGGUGGGAUGGAGUUUUGGCCUUCCAUGGUGACAUCACCAUGUAGUAAAUUAGUUAAUAGACCACUAAGGAAAGAGUCCCAAACUUCUUUGCCUUAAGAGGUAAAUAUUCAGUUCUCCACUCAGACCAUUCCAACAGUCCUAGCAAAAUUCUUGCUUGGGAAAUUGCUCUUUGCUAUAAGAAGCAGUUUUUGUUGUCAAUUAAAAUGGUCAAAAACAAACAACCACUUUUAAGGUGCUUAAUUGUUACCCAGAAAUGAUUUCAUAUUUAGAUAAAAACAGCUGCAUUGGAACUUUCAAAGGCCCUGCAUCAUUCAAACCCAGACCCCAUAAUAUUAUAGAUAGGUGAAAGGAGAGUGGAGGGGCAGAUCAAGUAGUCUGCCAUUGGAUAACGUGAAAUGUAUAAAGCGACGAAAGCUUUCCGAUCUCACCCCCCCCAUCUUUUUGAUGUCUUAGUAAAAAAUAUAUAUUAGUGAAAGUACCAUCGCUUGAAUGCCUAUCACCUGUUAGUUCUUCUUUAGAAUAAACACCAUCCUUAUAGAUUUGAUAUUGUGUGACUCUAAAAAAAAUAAACAUUCUUAAGACAAUCCACUUAUGAUCUCUUAUCUUAUCGUUGAAUCUGUUUUUUUUGUCCAGAGUUUGACGGGGACAUCUGUAGCAGUUUUUAUCUCUUCGUCCCUUCAUUUAUUUAGCCUUGGAUGUCCAUCAGUUAAUCCGCCACCUGUGUGCCAUGUCCAUUAUCCACCGCCGCCUUCUGUGUGACCCUGCGUUGUUAGCUUAGUUAAGCUAGUGAAUUGUGUUGCAGUUAAAUUACCUGAUGCUGCUGGUUAAAGGGAAAGUACACUCCAAAACCAAAGUUUUUCAGAUUUCAGACAAAAGUUGUCAAGAUGAGUCUUAUUUUGUCUCAACAAAGGUCCACUUUGGAGGUCUGGAAACAUCUGAUAAAUGUUGGUUUUGGAAUGGAUUGUCCUGUUUAAGGAGAGAGAUGCCUUAUCAGGAAAGUGGAGAGAAUAAAUGGCUAGUUUUGUGAACAGUGGUGGAUGCAUGCUACUCUUUCUGCCUUUUUCUUUACGUUGUGUUUUGAUCCUUGUGAAAAACACAUUCAAUAAACAUUUGUAUUCAUCACCUGA